GACGGAACAUUGUGGCCACACCCUUACAGAGCUCUCACACACACACCCUUACAGAGCUCACACACACACACCCUCGCUUGACUUUGCCCUGGGAGUUUACACUUCUGUUGAACGCCGAUACCGAGGUGAAACAAGCAAGCUGCUGACAGAAUGUUCUCUCCACACGUGACGGCCUAUAAGAACCAGCACUACGAGGAGCUGCGGCGGCAGAGCCAGGAGAGGGCCCAGCUGUUUGAAGACCCAGAGUUCCCUUGUGUCGACUCCUCACUCUUCUUCAGCAAGCCUCCUCCAGGCAGGGUGGAAUGGAAGAGGCCAAAGGACAUCUGCCCAGACCCGCGUCUCUUCGUGGAGGGUCUGAGCGCCCAUGACCUGAACCAGGGGGAGGUGGGGAACUGCUGGUUUGUGGCGGCCUGUUCCUGUCUGGCUAUCAAGCCUGAGCUCUGGCAAAAGGUUAUUCCCAACUGGGAGGAUCAGGAAUGGGAUCCGAAGCAUCCAGAAAAGUACGCUGGAAUCUUUCGGUUCCGAUUCUGGAUCUUCGGCGAGUGGACCGAUGUUGUUGUGGACGACCGCUUGCCGACUAUCGGUGGAAAACUCAUCUACUGCCGAUCAAAGCUUGGAAAUGAAUUCUGGAGUGCGUUACUAGAGAAGGCAUACGCAAAGCUCUCUGGCUGCUAUGAGUCUUUGAGUGGGGGCAACACAGGCGAUGCGGUGGUCGACUUCAGUGGAGCCGUGGCAGAAGCGAUAGAUCUGGAGAAAGCGGCGUUAAACGACAAACCAGAAGAGAGAGAGAAGCUGUUUGCUGAUUUAUUGAAGGUCUAUGAGAGGGGGGGGGUCAUCAGUUGUUCAAUAAAG